AUGAAGCCGGGUCCUUUGCUCUCCACGCCGCCCCACUUCCUGCCCACUCAAACGCCGGAGCCGCUUGCUAGCUUUGCAAGCGCUGCUGCUGCUGCUGCUGCUGCCGCCACCAUCCUGCAUCGCCGCCAGCAAACCACCUUCUCUCUCUCUCUCUCUUCCCCCACCCUCAAGGGCUUUGUGACUUCACUGCAUUACAUCAACCCCUCCCAAAGCUCCCGGGCUGGAGGGGGGAGACGUUCCUGGCGCAUCCUGGGAGUUGUAGUUCUUGUAACGACAGGUGGGGAGAGCGGGGGACCGGAGAGACGAGGCGAGAAGGAAUGGGAGGAGAGGUGGUUUUCACUCUCCCCACCACCAACUUUCCCCCCGCCCCCUUCUCCUAACGUUUUGCCAUAUUUUGGCACCUGA